AUGAGGCUUGCCCUCGCCUUGCCCCUGUGCCUGUCCGUUUUCACGUUCGCCCUUGAUGUCACCAUUGUCGGCGACACCAAUCGCGACGGUACCGUCGACGUCACGGGGGACACCGACCUCCAUGGAAGAGAUACAUGGACGGACCGAAGGGGCGCCAUCUUUCUAGCCAACAUUGGAGACACGAAUCGUCGCUGCUCCUCCAAUGUUACCGACGCCCGCUCGCUGACGCUCAUGCUGGACAAUUGUAACGAUGCCUCGGGCAAUGAGCAGAGGAACCCGAAGUACUUGGCACCACUGAGAACGCUACCGAUCCAAGGUCUAAGCGACAAGGCCGUUGGAUCUGUCCGCGUUACGGACGAGGCAGCAGCCGAAAAGGUACGCAUCUUCCAUAGCCGGGGCCAAGAGUGGGCGUAUGUCUCGCCAGACUACGUUUUCGCGAGCGUGUACCUUAGGAACGGCCUCGAGCUCGGAAUCGAUGCCCGGGACAUACGCCGUCCGGGGAAAUGGGAUGGAAGGGUGACGAUUGAGAUUCAAGUCCGAGAUGGCAACGAAGAAGCCAAAGACAAGGUUGCUCUCCGAGUCGCCCCGAUCAUCACCCACCACCAUGGGCAACCUGUCAAGCAAAUCAUAGCGAUUAAGACGUCGAUACCAUAUCACCAAGUAUUUGCCGACGAUCUAACUUACAUUACUACGGCUGCAGGCAUAAACAAACCACCAGUCAUCGCAACCACGAGGGAGGGCAAUAUCUGGGCUCAAGACCAGUUCGAGGCAGCCUACACAAGCAUGCCGGGACCAAACAGCAGUUCCAUCGUCCUGGAGGUCAUGGUUGUGGCCGCACUGGAAAGACAGGGUAGCGGGCCUAUCGUUAAGCAGCUCCUAUCUGACAGUGUGGGCGCUGUGCGACAUCACAAGCUUGUCCGAGUCGACGACAAUUGGAUCAAACAGACCAUCGAGCCAACAGGUAACCUAGAAACGAUUCCGCCCUAUACUCAUAACGGCAGAUCAUACCCAGCUGGUCGUGUCAUCUUCGGUAGCAAAAGUGGGUUCAAGCCUCUCUUCCCGAGCCUCAUGGAGGCGCAGGAAACGCAGAGCCCGGUGGAAGUCGACGUGACCUGGCUCAGGGUAGGCCACGUCGACGAGUUUAUGCAGUUCUUGCCGUCUCGAAGCCGGCGUGGAUGGAUCGUCGCGGUGACAGAUCCCAUAGCUACCCUGACACUCUUUAAAAAGGCUCAACAAGACGGACACGGGAACACCAAGGCCUUGUCACGGCCGGGCCUCGACACCGAUCCGCCAACUUGCAUACCCAACAGCACGAUUGACGAUGUGCUCCGAUUCCCCGGCUUUGAAACGAUCCAGAAAUUUAGCGCCCGAAACAUUGCCAAGGCUAUUGACGUCCUCAAGCGCGAGACGGGCAUCACCGACGCCGAGAUCCUACGAGUCCCUGGCCUUUAUUACGACAAAAUCUGGUCGUGUGAUGAUUCGGGCAAGUCGAAACUUAAGGCUCGUGAUGACAUUGACGCCAGUACGAUGCCAGCGGAACCUCAGAUACCUGACAUCAUCAAGGCGGCCGGUGGUACUACAAUGGCUCAGCUAGAUACCCGAGCCGAGGAUGACGUACCUGAUGAAGAUUACUGGAAAUAUGAGGAAGGGGUUGUGGCCUUGUACCCAGCGGCUAUAAAUGGCGUCGUGCUUAACAACCCCACAUAUCUGGCCCCGAAACAAUGGGGGCCCGUGAUAAAUGGCCGGGAUAUAUUGAAGGAGCGCGUCACGGCCGCAUACAAAUUGGCGGGCUUUGAUGCCUUGUACAUUGACGACUACUUCACGGGCCAUGUGAAAGGGGGAGAUGUGCAUUGUUUGACCAACACGAUUCGCGAGACCUCUGGCAAGUGGUGGCAAGGCGAUGCCUGA